AUGACCGAGCGAUCCUUGUCAGAAAAUGUGAAGCCCUCAAAACAGCGUACCAAAACAUUUACCGGCUGUUGGACGUGUCGGACCCGCCGAGUGAAGUGUGACGAGGAACACCCCCAUUGUCGUCGCUGCAGACGCAGUGGUUGGCAGUGUCAAGGUUAUGGCGUUCGUCUGGAGUGGUCGCAAACGCCAGGGAUUCGAGCUCAGCGUCGCCAAUUACGCUCUUCAACCCCAAUACCCACUCAUGACUUAUCUUCUACCGCCGUAACGGCUCUCUUGGCGGAGCUGGACGGAUGCUCUACCAACGGCGGUGCCCAGCAACGAGGACCUUUCUCGGUGUUCUCCGCUUCCUGCUCUGGCUCUGAUAAUCUCAAGUCUUCAAAAUCUCUUGAUUAUUCAACGAGUAGUUCUCCUUCGCAGGUCGAUGGAGAGGAUCUAGUCGAAUCAUUUUCUCAUCCCCUUGACCAAGAUUCAUCAGUGGCUAAUCCCGGAGAGGGAGAUGAAAACAAAACAUUGCAGUCGGUUGAACUUCCUGGGAAACUAUUCUUGUCUCUAACAGACAGGCAACCCGUGCAGAAUGAUACCAGCAUCACUCUCAUGCCAAUUAUCAAUGUGCUGUCAAAUUCAGACCAUAUCCAGGCCUCUGAAGAGUUCAAACCUCUAUCUGAGCCAAUGAUAACCCCGAGACUGCCAUCGAUUAGAUCAAUUACUCCAUUGCAGAUCCCCCGACCAGAGAUUGAACUCAUACAUCAUUGGGUAGUCUUUUUGAGCGGCAACAUGCUGUUGAUUGACACACCGGAUAACCCUUGUCGCACCGUCUUCAUGCCAUUGGCAUUGAAGGGACUUGAAAGUCAAGAAUCAAGUAUUCAUCUAUCCAUAUUUCACGCAAUAUGUGCAUCUUCAGCAUUCAGCCUCUAUCAUCUCCGCGGUGAUCAUCAGUACCAGUCGGUUGCCAUGCGCCAUGAUCAACUUGCAUUGUCUCAUUUGCGACAGAAUCUCCAGCGAGCAAAACGUCUCGAUGAACCAACUCUAGCUGCGGUUUUAACGUGCAUCACUGCUGAGGCAAUGUCAGGAAGACGGAGUCGAUGGAGAGCUCAUGUGGCUGGUGGACUCGGCCUGUUGGAGAAUGAGAUACACGGUGGUUGGAUACGAGGCCCAACGGCAUCCCGAUUACUUCAAAGCUACCUCUCACUUUCUUCAUUAUGCAGCUUACCAAUGUCUACCCAACUUAUGGCUCUGCUUAAUGGGCCAGCUGAGCUACGCCACUAUCUGGAACGUUCCCAUGGAAUUACAGCCCCAUUAGUUCAGUUCCUGGCGCGGAUCACUACAAUCAUCGAUUCUAAUGCGAAUCUCUCUACGGAAGAGUUGGAUCGCCUCGAACUUCAACUUCACCUCAACUUCCCAUCCCUUUCAGCGCCGGAUGAGCCUGAGUCAAUCAUCAUUCAGCAUGCACUGAACUCUUUCUAUUAUGCAUCGAUUAUUUGCUUCCGUCGGACACUCCGUCAUGCUCCUCUCUGUGACGUCCAGGACUUGGUUGAAAAGGCAGUUCAAGAGCUUGAAGCCAUGGAGAGCUUGACUCAUGGUAAAAAGGGCGGUUGUGCAUACAACUGGGCUAGCUUUGUUGUUGCAGCUGAAUGUCAGAGACCCAACCUACAAGCUAGGAUGAUAGCCUAUUUCGAUCGCAAAGGCCGUCAUGGGAUUCAGAAUAUUAAAAUGCUUUGCGAAAUUGUCAAGGCCCUCUGGCAGCGACGCGAGGGAACAUCUCGGGAAAUAAAAUGGCAGGAAAUCGCCAAUGAGGCUGAUUUCGAUAUUAUGAUUGUAUAA